CAAUUAUUACAAACUUAUCAAUUAUUGUUAGAAACAUUUAUACGUAACAUUGUGCACGAAGGUUAUGAAGCAAUGAUUAAUGUUAUUUAUUUAAAAUAAGUCACAAAAUUUUAAUAUAUUUUAUUAACAAAUUUAAUUACUGAUAUUAUAAUGGAUUCAUAUCUAAUGCAGGUCAGACGAAUGUGGUUAAAUCAGGAUGGUGAUAGUUUAGCGGAUCUGUUAUCUUUACGGCAUAGCCAUGUUUCAAUUCCUCAAAUUGGAUCUGAAACUGCAAUGACAAAAACAAUGGAACAUAUAUCUGCCCCUCUUGAUGAUUUGGUACUUUACCAUUUAAAAACUAUAGCAGCAAUGAACAAGGAUGACAGAUUAGCUAUGUAUAAUUAUCAAAGUUCUGCAGUUCAGUCCUUAACAAAGAUUUUACAAAUGCAGAAAGAAGAAAAUUGGAUGUUGCCUGUUAUGAAUGUAAUGUGCUUAGAAUUAAGGUUAUUAGCAGUACACGUGGAAAAUAUAAAAACAAAUAAAAAUAUGAAACCUGGAGAAAUUUUAGAAAAAUGUGCAGAUUGUUUGAUGGGUUGUUUUCGAGUAUGUGCUUGUGACAAUCGAAGUUCAGAAGAUGACACAAAACGAUGGGGCAUGUUAGCUUUAGUUAAUCAAUUAUUGAAAAUCUAUUUCAGAAUCAAUAAGUUGCAUUUAUGCAGACCUUUGAUAAGAGCAAUAGAAUCUUCCCCAUACAAAGCACAUUUUGCAUUAGCGCAACAAAUUACUUACAAAUUCUUUGUAGGUCGUAAAGCAAUGUUUGAUAGUGAUUAUAAAGCUGCUGAUGAAUAUCUUACUUAUGCAUUUGAACAUUGUCAUAAACAGUCUAAAAAAAAUAAGCGACUAAUUUUAACUUACCUUGUGCCUGUAAAAAUGUUAUUAGGUUAUAUGCCAAAACACAGUUUAUUAGAAAAAUACAAUUUGAUGGAAUUUGGAGAAUUAAUGGAAGCUGUCAAAAAAGGAGAUUUAUGCAACUUAGAAAAAGUUAUGGAAAAACAUGAAGCAUUUUUCAUAGGAGCAGGAAUAUAUCUAAUUGUAGAGAAAUUAAAAAUAAUAGCUUAUAGGAAUUUAUUUAAAAAGGUGUAUUUAGUGUUAAACAUACAUCAGAUUCCUAUACAAGAUUUGCUUUCAGCUUUGCAAAUGCAUGAAAUCCAUGAUGUAGAUAUGGAUGAAGUAGAAUGCAUUGUUGCAAAUUUGAUAUACGAAGGAAAAAUUAAAGGGUACAUAUCACAUCAACACAAAAAAUUGGUAAUUUCAAAACAAAAUCCCUUUCCACGUCUUUCAACGAUACCAUAAUUGUUAUUAAAGUAUUUGUAUUUUCUUUUUGAUAAAUAAAUUAUAAAUGAAUACA